AUGGAGGCCAAGAAGACGCCGGCAGGAGCUCACAACAAGGCCGUCAUCGGCGUCUGGACGGCGCAUGGCGGCGACAAGGAGCCGCGGCGGGGAUGCCGUCCGCCGCCAGAGGUGCUCGUGGUUGGGUUCUUGGGCACCAUGGCGUUGCUCGUCCUGUCGUUCGGCGGUGGCGGCCUGAUGCCGAUCGGGCUGCCAAGGGCGGAGCUCGUGCAAAGGCCAGGUAGAGACGUGGCGUCACCCGUGCAUGGAGCUUCUCAUCGUGAAAAGCCGCCGUCGUCACUUCGGCAAGACCAAGCAGACGGCCGCCUCCUCGGCGGGCUGCUCUCUCGGGCCUUCGACGACAAGUCAUGCCGUUCCCGCUACGCGUCGUACCUCUACCGCCGCCCAUCGCCGUUCCGCCCGUCGUCCUACCUCGUGGAGCGCCUCCGGCGGUACGAGGCCCGGCACAGGCGGUGCGGCCCGGGGUCCCCGCUCUUCAAGGAAGCCGUCGAGCACCUACGCUCCGGCCGCAACGCCGCGCGCUCCGAGUGCCAGUACGCGGUCUGGACGCCGUUCAACGGCCUCGGCAAUCGCAUGCUCGCGCUCGCCUCCACCUUCCUCUACGCGCUUCUCACCGACCGCGUCCUGCUCGUGCACGCGCCGAACGAGUUCGACGGCCUCUUCUGCGACCCCUUCCCGGGAAGCUCCUGGACGCUGCCCGCGGGCUUCCCGAUCGCCGACUUCGACGGCACUUUCACCAUGAAGUCGCCGGCGAGCUACAAGAACAUGAAGCGGGUCGGAGAGAUAAGCGGUGACCGCCUGAUAAACGUCACCACCGAGACGCUGCCGGCGUACGUGUUCCUCGACCUUAUCCAGUCCUACACGGGCGCCGCCUUCUGCGAGGCCGACCAGCGCGUGCUCGCAAACUUCAACUGGAUGGUGGUCAAGUCCGACGUCUACUUCGCCACCGCGUUCUUCCUCGUGCCGGCGUACCGGCGUGAGCUCGCGCGGCUGUUCCCUGAGAAGGAGGCCGUGUUCCACCACCUCGCGCGGUACCUCUUCCACCCGUCCAACGACGUGUGGGGCAUCGUGCGCCGGCUCUACGAGGCCUACCUCGCCGGAGCGGACGAGCGCCUCGGCCUCCAGGUGCGCGUGUUCCCGGAGUUGCCGGUGCCGUUCGAGACCAUGUACGGCCAGAUCAUGCGGUGCUCAGCGCAGGAGGACUUGCUGCCCAAGGUCGCGCGGGACGACGGCGCGGCGACAAGCUCCUCAGCCGUGCCACCGCCCGAUGGCGCGAACAAGACGACAUCCAUACUGGUGACGUCCUUGUCGCCGGAGUACUACGAGCGCAUCCGCGGCGUGUACCGCAGCAACAUGACGGAUGCCAGGGGGCACGUGGUGGUGCACCAGCCGAGCCACGAGGGGGCGCAGCACACGGAGGCGCGCGGCCACAACCAGAGGGCGCUGGCGGAGAUAUACCUGCUGAGCUUCUGCGACCGCAUUGUCACCACGGCCGUGUCGACGUUCGGCUACGUCGCGCACGGUCUUGCUGGGGUGCGGCCGGUGGUGCUGCUGCGAGCGCCGUCGCCAGAGAUGCCUGCCGAGCCGCCGUGCGUCCGGUCGUUAUCUGUCGAGCCUUGCCUUCAUGCCCCGCCGCAGCAGAUGUGCGAUGCACCGGAAGGGAGCGACAUUGGGACGCGCGUGCCUUAUGUCCGGCAUUGCGAGGAUGUGCAUAGAGGUGUCAAACUGUUCAGAGAAGCAGGAGGAGAUUGCGAGUGUGAUUUAGAAGCUUCCCAACUUGUCCUUGCUGAACAUUACCCGCCAUCGUUUGAAAUUGUACCUGACGUUGCUGGUAUUGAUUACCUUGGCGAGUAUUGGCUUGAUGAUGAUACUGACCAGAACCAAAGUUUGGAGCAACAUGUCUCUGCAUCUGGUUCUGCUGAUAUCUCUAUUGAGGAGGCCGAUGCUGCGGAUUAG